GAAUCAGCGGUCGCUGUUAAUUAGUCUAAUGAGCGGAGCAACACACACCACCACCACUAGCAGCAGAAGCACCUCGUCCCGGAGCCUCAGUCCGCUACAAAGAAGGAAACAGGACGCAGCUGCAGCGGCUCAGCUCAUGGUGAAACCCCCGACGCGGUGACAUUUUGUUUGUAUCUUCCUUUCCUCCCCCCCUCCACCUCCCGUGACGCGACUCCUCCAGACGCAGCGCACCGCUCUGCCUGUUGCGCACUGCGCACCGAGCCGCUCCGCGCCGGGACCAUGGCUGCCAUCAAGGCUUUGGAGCAGUGGUGUAAAAUACAGUGCGAUGGCUACCGAGACGUGGCCGUCACCAACAUGACCACCUCCUUUAGGAACGGACUGGCUUUCUGCGCGCUCAUUCACAAGUACAGACCGGAUUUGAUAGACUAUGACUCACUCAGAAAGGAGGAUGUGUUUGAGAACAACAGACUGGCUUUUCAGGUUGCGGAGGAGAAGUUGGGUAUCCCAGCUUUGUUAGAUGCAGAGGACAUGGUGGCGUUAAGGGUCCCAGACAGGCUGAGCAUUCUUACCUACGUCUCGCAGUACUACAACUACUUCAAAGGCCGACCUCCCAUGGGAGGUGUAAAAAGGCCAGCAGAGGGCUCCAAGGAGGAGCCGUCCGAGAAGAAAAAUCUCCCAGUGGUUGCCAAAACCUUCGUGCCUAAACCCACCGUUGAGAAUUGUUUACCUUCUACUACUCGCGCAGCUCAGAGCUUGCGCAAGCCGGCCGGAGCGGGAGCCCAGAAGACAGUUUUGGCAGAAAAUGCCAACAAAAACGGGACCCUCAAUAGCAAAUGUGUUGCCUGCAAGAGCCACGUUCACCUGGUUCAGAGACACUUUGUGGAAGGCAGGCUCUACCACAGAAGCUGUUUCAAAUGCAGCGAGUGCUCCAGCGUGCUCCACGCAGGAGGCUACAAACCCGGGAAGAAUCCGGACACUUUUAUCUGCAACGCCCACCAGAACGCUGUCAAAGCUACCUCCUCUGAGGCCGGGACCAGAAACCCACCUGCCACAUCAGCCGUACGACAGAACAGUGCCAGCAAGACACAGCCCGUGCCUAACUCCUCUUCUUCGGUGCUGUCGGCCCCGGUGAAUAUAGCUCGGAAACCAGUCACUCCUGCUCCGCCCUCCAAGUCCUGGACGACCUCUGCCCAGAAGACACAGGAGGCAAGGCAGAAGUUUUUCCAGGCUCCUCCGCAAGUUCCAGAAGUGGGCAACAGGAAAACAACAGAGAGUGUUUUAGGAAGGGCAAAGGUCACGCUGCCUCCUGAUGAUAGGAGCGGAGGCAAGAUAACUGCUGGAAAGAAACUAGCAGAGGAAAACUGCAACAAUAACAACAAACGGCAGUUCACCAUCCGAUCAGCAGAGAGCCGGUUUGGUGACGAGCCAAGUUCAGCUGACAGUCGUUGUUUGAGAAAGGAUAAACGGAGCCAAGGCCCAGCAGGAAACUUGGCAGGACAGCCCUCCACCAGCCCGACAAACAAUAAGGAACCGCCAUGUCUAAAGGCCAUCAACGAAGACAGCGCAAGGCCAACAACUGUACACACAACUGCCAAAGAUCCUGUCUUCCCCGAGUGGCAAACCAAGCUCAAACCAGUGAGAACUGAGCUAGGGCUGAAAAAUGCUGAGCCCGAAGCCUUCACUGAGGAGCCUGGGUUCAUGUCCAUCUCCAUCAGUGCAGCAAGACCUCCUCCCUCAACUCCAACAGCACCUUUGGUUAGCGGUGCUCUGUUGGAUCCUGAGCACUUUAACGAAGUCAGUCCCCAGAAACCUCUACCUGGAUCCGAAGGCCUAGCUCUGCAGCAUGUGAAGCCUCCUGUUCGUCGCUCGCCUGUGAAAUCCCCACCCAGACCACCGCCAGCUGUGGAAUCUAUUAGCUCUGCAGUGACGACUCCAGCCAAUCAGGGAAAUCCGUCAGCUGCUAAAAAGGGAAAGUAUUUGUCACCCACCGCCGCCUCCAGGACUGAAAUGAGGUCACCCGCUGUGCCGUCUUAUCAUAUUCCAGUGGAGCAGAUUGAGAGGGAGCUGGAUGACAUUGAGGCAAACUUGUCUCACUUGGAGAAGGAGGGUGUAGAGCUGGAAAAGAAGCUCCGCAGCUGUGAGGAAGAGGGCGAGGGCGACAUACUGAUGGACCCACUGAUGGUCGACUGGUUUAACCUUAUUCGAAAAAAGCAGAUGUACAUCAGGAAGGAAUCGGAGCUUGUGUACAUAGCCAGGACUCAGGAGCUGGAGCAGCAGCAACCAGGUGUGGAGUGGGAGCUUCGCACGCUGAUGGAGAAACCAGAUCACCUAAAGUCCAGAGAGGAACAGCAGCGGGAGAGGAAACUGAUGAAGAGGCUGAUGGAGAUUGUGGACGGUAGAAAUGCGAUCGUGGAGGGUCUGGACGAGGACAGGCUGAGGGAAGUGGAAGAAGAUCAGCAGUUGAAUAAAAUGAUGCAAAAUCUCGGUGUGAAGAAACCCAAAAGUAAGAGGAAAACCUCCAUCUCAAAACUGUUCAGGCGAAGAAGUAAAAGGUGGCAGCCUGGGUAUGCUGUAUCACAAGGCGAGAACUUGGAAAUCCAAUUUGCCACAGUACAGACAGUUAAUUUCUUUGCUAAUUUUAUAAAUGCUGCAAAAAUGUUCAGCUGUGCUGAUGCAAUAAUGUUAACGUGAAAGAGGAUUAGGUAGAGCAGUAGCUUAUGGCCGGGAAAGGCUUAUAAACUAUAGGUUGUAUUGAGCUCUUUAUCUUCAAACCUGGUUUAAUUAAACGUUACUCUUUGCUAAUAUCUGCAUCAGGAUGGCUCCGUACCUGAGCUAUUAAAAUGUUCAAACGACGCAUGGAGUCGCUCGCCUGUGAAAAUGGCAUUUGCGGUGUUUGUAAGGAAUGUACUGUAGUGCUGCGUCUUAGAGGUGUUAUUGAAUGGUGUGCACUUGUUCUCCAUUUAUAGUAUUUUAAAACUUGAAAUCUGUUGUUGAAUAAAUCCUUUGAAGAUUA